GUUCGAAUGCAGCAAAUAUAAGUAAACGAAAUGUUGACCUUUUUAAAUAAAAAAAAUUUCAUUUUCUUAAUAAUGUGUUUAGAGCCCUUUUUAAAAAAUAUUGAAUCUGUGAGGGUAUGUAAAAAAUUUUCUGAUUACUUUUUCAAGAAUAGUACGAAUUGCUGGGAAAACACCGAUUCUGAACUAAAUGUGACACAAAUAAUAAGAAAAUGGGGUUUUAAUGCAGAAGAGCAUUAUAAUAGAACAGAAGAUGGUUAUGAAAUUUUGAUAGUUCGAUCCUACUCGAAAAUAACUCGAUCUACACCAAUUGUUAUUGGCCAUGGAAUAUAUAUGAACAGUUUAGCAUUUGUGGACACUGGAAAAAAAUCUCUAACAUAUAUCUUAAAUAAAUUGGGUUACGAUGUCUGGCUGAUUAAUUUCCGGGGUACAAGAUAUAGUUCUAAUCAUGAUAACUUGACAACAAAUGAUACAGAAUAUUGGAAAUUUAGUUUCCAUGAAAUGGGUGUCUAUGAUCUUCGAGAAACAUUGAAUGUGGUGUUUAAAGUUACCCGCCAAAAAUCAAUUUAUAUUGGAUAUUCAAUGGGAAGUACUAUCAGUUACGUGUUUGCCAGCACGUAUCCUGAGGAGGCUUUCCAACUUUUAAAAGGAAUAAUAUCUCUGGCUCCUGUAGCUUACUUGAAUAAUAUCAAAUCAGUACUUAGGUAUGGUGCACCGUACUGGCCAAUGAUAAAACCGCCAGUACAGUUUAUUUGGAAAGGUAAAGUGCUACCUAGGAAAAAACAUACGGGUAAAUUUUGUUCUAAAAACCCAACGAAAAUGUACAUAUGUGAAUUUAUAAAGGUACCGAUAUUUGGAGAUGAUUUUGAUCAAAUGGAUCCUUUAUAUCGACCCGUCACCAACAUCUUGAAUCCGGAUACUAUUGGUAUCAAUGUGGUCACCCACUUUGAUCAAAUUAUUAUUAGUGGCAAAUUUCAACAAAUGGACCACAGAAAAGGAAAUGAAGUUUUAUAUGGAACGUCAACACCACCACUGUACCAAUUGUCAAAUAUUAAUGUUCCAGUUUCUCUUUUUGUGGGUUUAAAUGAUUGGGUAGCCACACGAAAGAAUGCUGAGCAGCUUUGUAGAGAAUUGAUCAACACUAAAUGUAAUAUCAGAUACAUUGAUCACAAAAAAUGGAACCAUGGUGACUUCGUUACAGCCAAAGACAUCAAACCAUUAUUGAAUGAUCCAGUGGGUUUAGAAAUUUAUAACAUUGAAUUAUAUUGGAAAGAACAUGUAAGCCAAGAAAGCAUGACCAACUUGUUGUAGUCAUAAGAUUUUAUUGUACUGUAAAAAUACUGUUAUUAAAUUGUAUAUUA